GGCGCGCUCUGCGCUCUCCCCUCGGAGGGCCGGCCGCCGCGCCGCCGGCCCGGACCGCUGAUCAGUGUCCGCACCAUGGCCGCGCAUGUGAUCCUGUGUGCGGCGCUGCUGGCCUCGGCGCUGGCCUCCCCGCUGCCGCAGGAGGACGUGGUCGAAGCCGUCCCGCUGGAGGCGGAGUUCGACGAGGCUCAGCUGGGCAGCGUCAUCAUCCGGCCGCCUCGCGUCGAGAAGGUCACGCACGUCACGUCCAAUCACCAGUACCAGAAGCUCUAUCCCAAGAACGGCAAAUACAAGUUCGGCUUUGACGACGACAAUCAGUUCCGGGUGGAGGAGCGACUCGGAAACGGCCAUCUUCGGGGCAUUUAUGGAUACAAGAACGAAGACGGGUCCAUCACAGCCUUCAUGUACACGUACGACGGCGAGCGGUACAAGCAGGUACCAUACACGGUGGAGGACAUUCCUGAUGACCUACGGAUCGCCCCCGAAGCUCAAGGACCGCCGCGAUUCGUCCGGGGGAACCCGGAGAUUAUCGAUGCGGAGUAGCCGGCGGUCGCCUACUGCAGCAGCGCCAUCCUGUGCAUAUUUCCGGAGGCAAGAUUAAUCACAGCUGCAAAUUUUUA